AUGCAAGACUGUACCGACGCUGAUGACGACGAAAGCGAGGUGGAGGGCAAGCGGGCUGCGGGCUGCACCCGCGCGACCAUGCCUCCAAAUUACCUUGGCUCUUGCGAGAACCACAAGGCUUGGUACGGCAAGUCGGCAUCGCGAGGAACGGAGACGUCGCCCCAAUGUAGCCAGCAAGACGACAGCGUGGCCGAGGUCAAGGCGACCACGGAGGGAUCGUCCAUCGGUAUGAGGUCAACCCACGGCAAACUGGAGUAA